UUGGUACCUGCUAUUUUUUCCUUCUCCAUUCUUGUCUCCCUGUCUUCCUUGUGCAAGUACGCUUUCUCUCUCAUAUCGGUGUUUCUCGUGUUGCAGAGAGAGAGAGAAAGAGUAGUACAUCAGUACUUCUCUCUUGCUGCCAUAAAAGCCUGGGAUUUCUCGCCGUUUAAGAACCAUGCCACCUCUCUGCAUCUCCCUCCCAUUAAAAACCCUAGAAAAUCAUCUUCUCCAUUCAUGGCCGGAAAAUCCCCCUUUUCGGCCGUUUUUCUACUGUUUUUCCUCGUUGCAUCGGUUUCGGGCCAUGGAUCCAAAGAAGAUGAUGAAAACUCGCCGGAUAAACCAGAUCUUAGGGCAAAAGAAUUGAUUCUGGUGAAGAUCUGGUGCUUGAUCUUGGUUUUUGCAGGGACUUUUAUAGGAGGAAUUUCUCCAUAUUUUUUAAAGUGGAAUGAGAGUUUCUUAGUGUUAGGGACUCAAUUUGCAGGGGGUGUAUUUUUAGGAACAUCGAUGAUGCAUUUUCUCAGUGAUUCUAACGAAACAUUUGGUGAUCUCACUGAUGUUGAAUAUCCCUUUGCGUUCAUGCUCGCUUGUGCUGGUUAUUUGUUGACUAUGGCUUCAGAUGUUGUAAUUUCAUUUUUGUAUGGGAGGAGAGAGGAGAGAGGAGAUGCAGAAAAUGGAGGAGCUGCAGGAAGUUCUCAAGUAAGCAAAUAUGGUGGCUAUGGUCAUACUCAUUCCAAUGUACAGUUAUUUGGCCCAGGGCCAUGUACCUUGGCUGAGGCUGGAAUUGGCAAUGUUAGUUCACUUGGGGACAGCAUACUCUUGAUUGUUGCGCUAUGUUUUCAUUCUGUAUUUGAAGGCAUCGCUAUUGGAGUUGCAGAGACCAAAGAUGAUGCAUGGAGAGUUCUAUGGACUGUGUGUUUACAUAAGAUUUUUGCAGCCAUUGCAAUGGGCAUUGCCCUUUUACGUAUGAUCCCUGAACGUCCGUUACUGUCAUGCUCUGCAUAUGCAUUUGCAUUUGCUAUAUCAAGCCCCAUUGGAGUGGUCAUUGGCAUAGUCAUAGAUGCCACCACUCAAGGUACAGUGGCUGAUUGGAUCUAUGCGAUAUCAAUGGGUUUAGCAUGUGGCAUAUUCAUCUAUGUAUCCAUAAACCAUCUUCUUUCGAAAGGGUAUGCACCCCAAAAACCAGCUCUAGUCGACUCCCCGUUCUACAAGUUCUUGGCUGUGCUCUUGGGUGUAACAGUCAUUGCGAUAGUUAUGAUCUGGGAUACUUGAUUUGUGAUCUUUUGCAAUGGAUUCUGGUUUUAUUUUCGUUGUGAAGGAGUAGCAGGUUUCUAGCAGUAGACUCACCUUUUCUGAUUGUAUUUGUAGUAUGCAUAGACACAGUGAAACUUCGGAGAACAAUGAAUUUAUAACCAGGCAUAGAGACCUUGUGAAUAACGACAACAAUCAUCCAACAUCUUUCUCUAUGUGAAAUUAUUCAUGGGCAUGGAGACCUUGUAUAGAGCAAUGAGAAAAUGAAUUGGAAGAUGAUUUAUUGCAAA